AUGAUGAACAAGAUGCCACCUCCUCAAGCUCAAGACCCAGCUCUCGCGCAGGCAGCGACCAGCACACCAUUCAGCACAGGAUCUGGGUCUCACAAUCUCUAUCAAACGCAAUAUACCCAAGGCCACUACAAGCCCUACCUUGCAGCCGACCUCGUGAAUGUCGCCAUCAUCCCCUUUGACGAUUUCUUCCGCUGCGCCUUCAAUUUCGACAAAGGCAAAAACGAAGGGUUGUCUGCCAAGUUCGACGCGAUCGCCACCUCGCAGGAAUGCAACAGGCUACUUGAUAGGUACAAGGACGAGGUCGGGCAUGAGACGGAGCGGUACGGCCCUUUCAACAACCUUGCGAACCACAUUCUUGCCGAAUUGUGGGGAGUGCUUCCCGAUAGCAGACCUAAGAAUCUGGUUGUCUGUCGAAACGACCAUGUCUCAGUGAAGGGCUCGACUGCUCAACAAAGUCCAGACUGCGUCGCAGUUCCAGAGAGCGUAUUAUCGGGUCAUCCAGACAGAAUGUCGUGCGACAACCUGUCCAAGGGAGGACCGACUGAGGCGGCUUUCCACUGGGAUGAACUGCCCACCUUCAUAGAAUUCAAAAUGGAAGUGAAAAACCUUCAUACUAUUCCGUUAGAAUCGUCGACGAAGGUGCCAUCAGCCCCGGCAGGCAGAGCAAGUGGAUCGAAAACUGGCUCGUCUUCUAGCGAAGCGGUGUCGAGAAAACCUAGUCGAACAUCGACGCCCACAUCGACGCCCGGUCUCAUCCCUUCGCCGACAAUCGCUCUUUCACCUGCAUUUGGACCGACGCAGAGCACUACCGGGAGCACGUCGACUAGUACUGGCAGAAGCACAUCUUCGUCGAAGCGACUCCGGGAGGACGAUAAAGACAGCGUGCGGAAGCGGGCAAGAAAGGACGAGGAUUCACCAGCGACGACGAGGGCAGACACGCUGAUGCAGUGCGCGAGCUAUGCGCUGGAGAUGUUGUCGCAUGGCGGUUUUCGGACCCACGUUCUUGGUGUCCUCGUCACGGAUGACAAGCUCGAGCUGCUGUAUUACGACCACUCGAUUACCAUCCGAUCGGAGAGUGUCUGCUUUACGCAGGACACGGCCUCACUCGUCGCCUUACUUUAUUGCAUGCAGAUGUUAACGCCAGCAGGAUGGGGCUAUGUGGAUGUGAUAGGGCCACCCCCGCUUGGCAAAUCCUCCAAUACUUCUGGACCCUCCGUUUCUCCCGAUCCUCUUGUUUCUACCGAUCCUUCCACCGCGCAGGAUGAACUGCGCACAACGCGUUCGAAAUCCAAACCUUCCGUGCCAGGUUACCGUCAACCACUCCACGGUACUCACCUGCAUCUCCAGAAUGGCCAAGUUUUGGAGUUGGGCGAGCUUAUCUUCCGUCAGCACGCGCUGAUUGGUCGAGGGUCCUGCGUUGUCUGUGGGAAGGCGGAAAAUAGCCAUGAAUGGGCGGACAAACCACUCGUCGUCAAGUUCAGCUUUACGCCUGUCACUCGGAUCUCUGAAGGCGCGAUGCUCGAGAAGAUUGUCGAGCUUGCCAAGGGAGACACUGAGAAUGUCGGGAUGUUGGCGCAUCUUCCAGAUGUGCUUCAUCACGAAGCGGUUCCACCGGGUGACGUGCAAUCGCGUUUCUCAGCGUGGCUCAAGAAUCAAGGGAUCGGUUACGAGGACAGGAGAUUGCAGAUCCUGGUGAUGACGGAGCUGUUUUCGAUCAAGGAGUUGCGGUCGACUGCGGCCAUCGCACCAGUUUUCAGGGAUGUUUUCAAAUGCUACAAGUGGCUGCAUGAAGUGGCCCAAGUCAUCCAUCGGGACGUCAGCUUGAAUAACAUUAUGUAUCGGAAGAAGGAAGACGGUUCGGCCUGUGGGGUGCUCAGCGACUUUGAUCUGGCACUUUUCCUCUCAGAGAACAAAGCAGCAGCCUCGACCUCGACACAGCGAACGGGGACAAAGCCGUACAUGGCGAUUGACCUAUUGGACAAUCCCAAGGUUACACUUUUGCAUCGAUACCGUCACGAUCUGGAGUCGCUGUUCUAUGUUCUCGUGUGUCUCACAACUCAUGAGGACAACAAAGACAUCCUCGCUUGGCCCGCCCUUGGAUGGCAAGAGUUGGCUGUUGCGAAGAGAGAAUUUCUGCGUUCAGAACUGCCUGUGCCUGUCCCGGAGUUCACCACGGUCGUGCUUUGGACUCUAGAAAUGGCGGAAAUGUUUCGUUUGGGUUACGACGCCAGAACGGCACAUCGGAACGCUCUGCUACUUCGAAGAUUCUACCCACAACAACAAACCGAGAUUCCGAGCACAUCUAUGCCAGAAUUCAAGGAGGAGACACUUGGAGGGCACGUAGAUUUCGACAAAUUCGAAGCAAUACUUGAAAUUAAGAUUGACCAGUAA